GUGACCAGACUUAUCCCAUCCAUCUACACUGUUGUGUUCCUUGUGGCUCUUCCUCUCAAUAUCAUGGCGAUCGUCAUGUUCCUGGUGAAGAUGAAGGUCAGGAAGCCGGCAGUGGUCUUCAUGCUGAACCUCGCCACUGCAGAUGUCCUCUUCGUUAGUGUCCUGCCUUUUUAUAUUGUCUACCGAUACAGGGAAAAUAACUGGGUGAUCGGAGAAGGAAUGUGUCGCUUUGUCACGGCCGCAUUUUACUGUAACAUGUACUGCUCCAUCCUGCUCAUGACCAGUAUCAGCGUGGACCGUUUCCUGGCCGUGGUCUACCCGGUGCGGUCUCUCCCCUGGCGCACAGUAAAGCGAGCCUGGCUGGUGUGUGGCAUCAUCUGGGUCAUCUCAUUGGCCAGCACCAUUCCUCUUCUUAUAAGUAAACAGACCUUGAAAGUUUCUACGUUACAAAUCACAACAUGUCAUGAUAAUCAGGACAUUGAAGUUCUUCGUGGGUAUUAUUUUUACUAUUUUACAGCUCUCAUCCCACUUUUCUUUUUCUUCCCAUUAUGCAUCACAACUUUCUGUUACAUUAGAAUCAUCCGCAGCCUCAGAAGGUCCAAAUUAGGUCACACAAAUAAGAGAUCGCGAGCUACCAUCUUGACGGUGGUUGUGCUUUGUGUAUUUGUCCUUUGUUUUGGCCCCACCAAUGUCAUCCAUUUCACUCACUACCUGCAGUUAUAUUAUCACUCUGAUUUCUCUUCAUAUAUUCCCUACAUACUCUGUGUUGGUAUCAGCAGCAUAAACUGUUGUCUGGAUCCUCUUAUCUAUUAUUUUGCCUCCUCCCAGUGUCAGAGAUACGUCUGCAGCUUGCUGGGCUGUAAGAAAGAUUAUCAGCUGCCAGUGGAACAAAAAAGGAUCCAAGUACGCAAAGAAUCAUCAUUAGAAAUGACUCAAUCUGCUCAACUUUCUAAGAGUAACUGA